AGGCACGUUUCCCCGUGAGGUUCUUUGACCUUGCCCAAAUGGUCUUAGAAUCGUUUCCUCCGCCCCCUCCUCUGCCCCCUCCCCCUCCCAGAGCCUAGGGAGUGUCGUGGUCUUGGGAAGCCUCUGGGGUCUGGGAAACUCGGGACCCCAAAGCUUGGCCAGCUCUGGAGUGAAUUCAAAGUUAAUUUCAAGACUGUCCCCUGCGAGGGCCAGAGCGCAGAGCCAGCAGCGGCCCCCGCAGAGGAUCUGCGCAAUUGCUGGUGCCAGAGAAGAUGCUCUGGCCAGCGCACUCGGGAGGCGGGACCUUCGCAGAUAGUUCCUGCUGCUUCUCUUCAGCGCAGCUCGCAGGUCUGUGGUCCCGGGGGCCCCGCUCACUGACUGACCCCGCGCUGAGCUGUGGGAGUCAAGUGAUCCUCCUCCCGCCACCGCGCACCUAUCACAGUCCCUGAGCGCAUUGCCGUGCGCUCCUCCCACCUGCAAAUGCCUGCCCAGCCGGCGACCGCCACGGCCUGGACAGCGCCUGCCGGCCGCUUGAACCCCGGCUCUACCCCAGCCUCAGCUCCAGCUGGACGAAGUUGUUCCUGAGAGACACGUUCUUCAUUUUUGGUAGACAAACCAAGUCCUUAAGAUUGUCUCAGAAGUUAAGGUGGAGCGUUGCUCACCGACUGCUCUUCACAAGGGACUCGUUUCUUCGUGGCUUCUACCUGUGGCUUAACCCUCUGGACGGAGCUAAGUUCUUACCCAGCAAAAAUGACCUUCGUGAAGAUGAGGCUGGUGUACGCCUUCCUCCUGACAGCGGGCGCGCUCUGCGUGUACCUCAGCAUGGAGCCUUUAAAGGAAUUUACCUUCGUUCUCAAGAGAGACCAGGGGAAGUUUCUGCGGCUCCCGGACGUAGACUGCAAGCAGAGGCCGCCUUUCCUCGUGCUGCUGGUAACCUCGUCCCACAAGCAGCUGGCAGCCCGCAUGGCCAUCCGCAAGACCUGGGGUGGGGAGACAGAGGUGCUGGGACAGCACGUGAGGACCUUCUUCCUCCUGGGGACCUCAGACAGCCCCACCGAGGUGGACGCCGUCGCCCAGGAGAGCGAGCAGCACCGCGACAUCAUCCAGAAGGAUUUCAAGGACGUCUAUUUCAACUUGACCCUGAAGACCAUGAUGGGCAUGGAAUGGGUCCACCACUUCUGUCCCCAGGCAACCUUCGUGAUGAAAACGGACUCGGACAUGUUUGUGAACGUCGGCUACCUAACGGAGCUGUUGCUGAAGAAAAACAAGACAGCCAGGUUCUUCACGGGCUACAUAAAGCCCCGCGACUCCCCCAUCAGGCAGAAGUUCAACAAGUGGUUCGUGAGCAAGUUUGAGUAUCCUUGGGACAGGUACCCACCUUUCUGCUCUGGCACCGGCUACGUCUUCUCCAGCGACGUGGCGAGCCAGGUGUACAACGUCUCGGAGAGCGUUCCGUUCCUCAAGCUAGAGGAUGUGUUCGUCGGGCUCUGCCUGGCCAAGCUGAGGAUCCGGCCCGAGGAACUCCACACCAAACAGACCUUUUUCCCUGGUGGCUUGCGCUUCUCCGUGUGCCGCUUUCAGAAAAUUGUGGCCUGCCACUACGUAAAGCCCCAGGACCUGCUCACUUACUGGCAGGCCCUGGAAGCCUCUCGUGGGCAGGACUGUCCUGGUUUCUGAGGUGUGUGUGUGUGGGAGGAGUCUGUGGCACCUGGGACAAACUUCUGAUAACCUUUGGUGAUCGAUGCUUUGGGAAGAUCUGGGAUGGCCUUGCUGGGAACCCGUCGGGAGGGUAGAGAGAGAAGGAGGAAGGCAUGGUGUUGCUCUCCACGCCCUGCACACACGCGCGCGCGCGCUCACACACACACGCACACGCAGGAAUGGAUGCACAAGCCAACAGACUUGUUCCCACUUGGCACCCAGAGCAAUAACACACCUCAUCUUUCAGGCCUC